GUCAAUAAAUGAAGUCAUCCUAGUAACACAUUCGCCGCCUUAUCUCGCCAGCACGUAAAAGUAAUUAUUGUCCGCAUUCUCGCCCCCACCCCUUUUCGCCUGUCCACUGUCCCGCACCAGACCACACCCCUCCCGGCGACCCCUGCACAGUGCCAUCCCAAUUAUACUCCUCAAACCCCGCAGGAUUCUCACAUUCCAACAGACUGGGAAGUGGGCAGCACUGUCCGGCGCUGCUAAUUUAAGAGUGGAGACGUAUUUGAACUAGCCUGAAGAAUUGUCCGCACAGUGAUUUAAUAAUUUGACACGGCUUAUGCAGAAGACGCUAAAUGCAAGUACGAUACAUAGUUUUCUGUUUUGGUGACUGGCUCGUGUGAAUUUGCAACAAUUGCAGUUACAUUUUGAGAGUCUAAAUAAAGUGUGCAAAUGAUAACAUUGAUCUCGGGAGAGGAGCGAUUUUAAAGGAGCGCAUUUGGAUUUUGUGCUGUGUUUAUUUGGAGUGGUGGGACCCACGUUUCAGCAGAAGACGAUGAUAAGAACACAGAGGAACCUCGCUAUGUGGUUAAAACGCUGGAAAGAAAGACAGUCCCCAGGCAACUCCGUCGUCCUCACCAAGAUGAACCUGUACCAGAGCUUUGGAACCCUCUCGGAUUCCUGGGACCAGGAGUUUUCCUUUCCGGAUCACAGAGAACAGGGAAGCCCGGAUUUCAGGAGACGGAUGAUCCGAGUGAAAGGCAGCAUCUCUGGCAGCACGCCGGUGGGGAUCCUCAAAUCGGAGUCUGAGGAUUCGGGAAUGGAGCUGGCGAGCAGUGAUAAUUCCCCUUCCACCCCUUUGGGAUCUGUGCACAGCUUGUCCAUGGGUGGCUCAGAGAGCUCCCUGGCUCCCAGCGUAUCUGACCUGAGACUGGGGACCGAGAAAGAGGAUUCUUCCCCUUCCUCCCCUUCCUCCCCUUCCUCCCCUGCACUGUCCCGGCGAUCCAACAGCGAGCUCCCGGAGACUGGGAAGACCCUGCCAAGCAGCUGGUCCACCAGCAAGAAGCUGGAGCAGUUGCUUCUCAGGACAGAGUCGAGGUGGGAGGCCUCUCCAGCACCCUCAUUAAGAGGAGCCUCAGAGUUGGAGGCAGAAGCUGGGGAUACAGACAGCAUUCAGACAGCUGCCUCCAACGAGUGGGAGAAAAGAGCGUCCAGAAGAUCAGGGAAGAGGUCCAUCCGAAUGAGGUCCCAGAGCUGUGAGACGCUGGACGAGUGCUUUGAUGCGCUUUGGAGAGGAGAUGUGGUGGAUGGAGCGAGGGGCGGCGCGGUCCCGCUUGGCUCCAGCCAGGGAUUGGGCUACCUGGAGCAGGUGUGCAGGAUGCUGGAGCAGGUAGCCCGGCUGCAAAAGACCAACCAGCUUCUCCAGAGACAGAAGGAGGCUGCUGAGAACCGGCUCCGGGGCCGAGCCUCCGAUGAGGAGCUGUUUUAUGGGCGCUGUUUGUGCGGGGCGGCCGAGGAGUUCCUGAAACCCGAUCGGGAGGAGACCCGACGGAGUCACAUGGAUCUGGCCGGCCAAUGCCAGCAUCAGGACUCCUUUCUCCCUGCCCACUACAGGAAGAGGUCGUGUUCGGAUACGCAGGCGUUUCUCAACUUCAAGUCCCUCGGGGAAUCUGAUUUACCUUCACCCCAUUUCAUCAGCGCCGGUAACCUGCUGGAGACUUUACCAAAGACCCAGAGACCCCUCCCCCAAGCCAGGGCAGAGCACACGCAUUGGGGGAAAAUAAAGCACUUUGUAAAACAUCUGCAAAGAAGAUCCGAGAAAUCCGAAACCAGCUCCUCCACUCACCUGCACAGUCAAGAAGCACGAAGCACAGAAGCCGCCAAUCCUAAGCGGAGGUUUGUCCCAUUGUUUAAGAAGAGGGGACAGAACCAGAGUGUGUGUUAGCAGGAGAAUGCACCCCCACCCCAGCUUGAAGGCUGCAGAGCCAGUUCUGGCUUGUGACAGAGAAGGAGCUUGGACACUGUAAUAAGCAGCAGGAUUGCUGAUUGGCUCCACAAGCUUUCCUUUGUGCUGGAAUCGUACGUGGCUUUGAGACACGAUGUUGCUCAAAUGGAAUGACCCAAUCAGAACAGCCUCUUCACGCACUGCAGUACCACUCUGAGGGUUACUGACUAAGUUGGGGUUCUGGAUGACAAGCGCAGAAGCUACUGCGUGUUUUUUUGUUUUUUUUUCUCCUAAGACUUGGAGGAGAAAUCUGUGUGAUUUCCUGCCACAGCAAACCAACUCUAUCCUCCUCUACUGGAUUUUGAUGCCGAGAGAAAUCAUCCUGUAAGCUUGUGAAUAAAAUAUGUAAUGAAGGAGCUCGCUAUAAAAAGACUGGGGAAAACUGUUAUUUUUAUAUUUUUUCGUGUCUUGCAAUAUACUGCCUUGGUUUUGUUCAGUAGCUUUUUUUAAAAGAAGAGAUUUUUAUUUUUUAACCAGCCUUAUGAAGAAAGGUCCUGCAUUAUUAUAAUGAAAUGAACAGUUAAACUGAAAUACCUCAAUUAUUACAGGGCGACAUGGAAACUCAUAAGAAAAAAUAUAUUUUAAUAUCCAGCAACAAAUAUAUCUGUUUAGCCCUGCUGAAUAUAUAGGUGGCUCCAUAGUCGAGAGACAGUACUUUGUUUUUUCAUGAAAACUGUUCUAGACUGAAAAAAGCCAGAGUUAAAUAUUAUACUCGUAACUUUCUGAAUAGAGCCCAAGGAGGACAUGCGUUCUUCACAUAUAUCCAUUAUAUAUAGGAUAUAGCUGGAUCACAUUGCUUUAUGAACACAAUGUGGCUCUGAACUUGAAUGUGAACUGUGUAGGUAGCUGCUCCAGGGAUCCACAAUCACUUUUUAUUGAACCUCACUGACUCUACCCGAGAUGCUACUGAAUUAUAUUUAUACAAAGUAUUUUACUGCAACUUUGUGUAUCGUUUUAAGAUAUACAUGUGUUCUUCCUUCAGUGUCUAGAUGUUUUAUAAAAGCAUAUCACGUGAUGUAUUUAUGUAACGUCUACCUGCCUAUACUAUAACCUGUGGAAGCAGCAUUGUAUGGCAAUAAAUAUCAAUUUUGUUCUAAA